AUGCCGUCUUUAGAUGAAGCAAAUCAACUUUCAGACAAAAUGUUACUAUUGUUUUGCCAAGUGAGAGACUAUGAUUCUAUACUUCAUGGAGCUUAUACCGUUCUUUGCGCUAGAUGUAAAAGAUGCUUAGGUGUGAAGUAUGUUCCAAAUGCGGAAUGUGUAUCGAAUGAAUCAAAUAUCGAUUCAAAAUCAUCAUCUUCAUUGACAGGACAUACUGUUGUGGAUAAUAAGCCUUCAUCAUUGAAGCCAAGUGAACCGGAGAUUAAAACAAAAUGCAAAGAUUUCAUUAGCAAGGAUCUACCAGACUGGAGAUGUGAUAUUCCAUCUUCUACCACCUCAGAUGAUGGCUGGGUAACAAUCCCACUGCAAUGUGUGUCUACUGAACCAUUGUUUAGUCUAACUGGCGUAGAACAAUAUUCAUUAUGUUAUGAAGGCGGUGAAAUGAAACCAAAAUUCCUUUGUAGCAUUGAAUUAUGCAAUGAAUUUUCAUAG